UGCCACAGAGCGUCUGCGUAACAGGCUAUGCCACCGGGCCACACGGAUUUUUGGUUAUGGUAAUGAUGUCAUAAAAAAAAUUCCAGGGCCUGUGCCUAAAAAGGGAACAUAUCUCCUACCAUGUAAGUAGCCACAUGGGCUGCACUCGUGGACCUGAACGAGGUGUGUUUGUUUUCGUGACAGUCUCAUAUUCGCUACUGAUUGGUGGAACCGGUAGAUGCCUCAUUUUCUCUCUCUACGCGCUUUUUUGAGCUGCAACUUUUCUCCUCUGGCCUGCUUCCACUUCGCCCUGAGGCGGUCACUGUAGCGCUCACAGAUCGAGCCGCUCAUUGACUUUAAAGAUGGAGUUUGCCAUGGUGGGCGCUGACGGGUGCAAUAGCCACCUGCCUUACGGGUAUGCCCAAGCUCGCGCGCGGGAGAGGGAGCGCGAGAGGGAGCGCCAGGUAGCCCAGUCGAAAGCGGCGGUUGCUGCGGCCGCAACCGAAGGAGGAGGAGGAGGUGAGGAGGAAGGAGGAGGAGGUGGUGGUGGCAGCGGAGGUGGAAGUGGCGGCGGCGUUGGGGGGUCCUCCUCCUCCUCCUCCUCCUCCUCCUCCUCCUCGAGCGCUCAUCUCCUUAACAACCGCCAGCAUCAGUCUCGCGCCGCCUCCUCCUCCACGAACGCCAACAUCAGCAGCAGCAGCGGUACCGCCUCGCGCCCCUCCUCCUCCUCCUCCUCCUCCUCCUCCUCCUCGCAGCACCAGCAGGAGCCCGAGCAGCAACAGAGAGUUCUCAGAGAGCGUAAAAAGCAGCGCGGCGUCGGACGCUGGAGACGCAGCCGGACGCAGACUCUCGGAAGGGACCUGCGCCAGUCGGAGCUGGCGCUGCUCGGAUCCGAGGAGGACAUGAUGAUAGAGGAAGAAGAGGCCGAGGGAGCCGAGGAAGAGGAGGAGGAGGAGGAGGAGGAGGAGGAGGAGGAGGGGGGCCGGGAAAGUAAGAGGUCGAGUUUUCUGUGUAACAUGGAUGAUGAGACGGUGUCGCUCACUGACAGGCGCCCUCAGUCCGGAUACGAAAACGUUUACAGCGAGAGCGGCUGCUGUGAGAGAGUUGUCAUCAACGUGUCCGGGCUGAAGUUUGAAACCAGGCUCAAAACUCUCACUCAGUUCCCGGACACGCUCCUGGGAGACCCCGACAAGAGAAUCAGGUACUUUGACCCGCUGAGGAACGAAUACUUCUUCGACCGGAACAGACCGAGUUUUGACGCCAUUCUUUAUUAUUACCAGUCAGGGGGGCGAUUAAAAAGACCCGCCAACGUCCCGUUUGACAUCUUCUCCGAGGAGGUGAAGUUUUAUGAACUCGGGGAGGAGGCGAUAUUAAAGUUCCGGGAGGAUGAGGGUUUUGUGAAAGAGGAGGAAAAGCCUCUACCGGAGGACGAGUUCAAGCGCCAAAUUUGGCUGCUGUUCGAGUAUCCGGAGAGUUCCAGCCCUGCCCGGGGGAUUGCGGUGGUGUCUGUGCUGGUUAUAGUCAUUUCUAUUGUCAUUUUCUGCCUGGAGACGCUGCCGGAGUUCAGGGAUGAAAAAGAGUAUCUACAGCCACGAGUCAACUCCACUCAGCCUGAUCACGGAUUUACUCCUUUCAACGACCCGUUUUUCAUAGUGGAAACAGUUUGCAUCAUCUGGUUCUCCUUUGAGAUUAUAGUCCGCUUCUUUGCGAGCCCGAGCAAGCCUGCUUUCUUUAAAAACAUUAUGAACACUAUAGACAUUGUAUCCAUUUUGCCUUACUUCAUAACUCUCGGCACGGACCUGGCGCAGCACCAAGAAAACGGGCAGCAGGCGAUGAGUUUUGCCAUCCUGAGAAUAAUCCGCCUCGUCAGGGUGUUUCGCAUCUUCAAACUUUCCAGGCACUCCAAGGGGCUGCAGAUCCUGGGUCAUACCCUGCGCGCCAGCAUGAGGGAGCUGGCCCUCCUCAUUUUCUUCCUCGUCAUCGGAGUCAUCCUCUUCUCCAGCGCGGUCUACUUCGCAGAGGCGGACGAGCCCACGUCUCAGUUCACGAGCAUCCCGGACGCGUUCUGGUGGGCUGUGGUGACCAUGACCACGGUGGGUUACGGUGACAUGAAGCCCAUCACGGUCGGGGGGAAGAUAGUGGGCUCCCUGUGCGCAAUAGCGGGCGUGUUAACCAUCGCUCUGCCGGUGCCGGUCAUAGUGUCCAACUUUAACUACUUUUACCACAGGGAGACGGAUAAUAAUGAGGACCAGGCGCCGGUGGUGGAGAGCAUGCCCCCGGGCUGCCCCUACUUCCCGGACUUUUUAAGGAAAUUCAAAGGUUCGCCCUCUGGCUCCUCGCUGGGUGAUAAAGCGGAGUAUAUGGAGAUGGAGGAGGGGGUGACGGAGUCGUUGUGCGGGCUGGACAAAAGCCCGAGUAAAGGAAAUGGCACAGACAUAGGCCGGAGAAACAGUACUAACUCUAAAUCCAUUCAGACUGACGUGUGACAACAAAUAGAGUAUCUUUUUAAGUGAAAUAUGCCCUAUAAAGAGACUGUACGAGCAGGUGGUCCCCCUAACACAAGUUUUACGCACACAUAAACACACACACACACACACACACACACACACACACACACACACACACACACACACACACACACACACACACACACUCAUAAAUCACUAAUUGACAGGUUUAGGAUAUUUCAUUCUCUACAUCUCAGAGCAAAAGUUUCUCUCAAAUCCUCUCCACGCUGAUGAGCAAUUAAGACAAAUAUUCGCCAAAUGGGUUGAUAAGUUAAGUCAUGUAACCUUUUCGGGCUUCCAAAUCUGACAUCAAAUCGAAAUUGAGACAGGCUAUGCAUUUGCACUUUAUGGGUUUCAUCUGUCAGUAACAGAAAGGGUAGGAAUGAUCGUUUUGCUGAUAUGCAAUAAAGUUAUUUUGUUUGCACUAAUGUAGAAUCUACGCUGGUUUAGGCUGAUUUUUAUUUUAGAGACAGAAACUGUAGGCCAUGCAAAUGGCAAUAAUUGAGUCCUCUUCUGACCUUAGCUGAAGAAUGUUUGAGUUACUUCCUCACAGAGAGCAAACUAAGGUUUUGAACAACCUCUUUCAUGUUGCCAAUAAAAAUUGGACUCCAGUAAAGGAAAAAGUCAAAGACAGAUAAAUAAAGCUUUUGUUACUCCUCCAACUCUUAAUGUGAUAUAAACAAAAAAUAGCAUUUAGAAGUCAUCAAAUAAAGUAGGGCUAGACUUAUUUCUAUGACAUCCACACAAACAUGCUUUUCCACAGCAGGCCAAGAAAAGCCUUGUGUUGUCGAGCCACCAUGAGAGCUAAGCACAGGAAUCAUUCAGUUCAAUACGGCUGGAGAAAUGACUCGCCUCGCCAGGUUUCCUAUGGACAGGCUAGGGGGGGUCUUGGCGACAAAAGUUUCCCCAGCUUAAUUAAAAAAAAAAAAACCUCAAAGAGACAAUAUCCCUUUACACGGACGUGGAUGGAAAGCUAUAGCAAAAACGACUCUGUUUAGGAAACUCCUCAGAGGGGAGUUAUUGAGCAACUUCCUCUUCUGUCCGCUGGACUUCGUGCACAAAUAUUCUUUUUUCCCUCAAGAGGACUAUGAUUAUCUGCGAGCUCAGAGGAUGAUCGGGAUGUGGAUGUCUUCCAAGGUAUGUAGCCUGCAGU